AUGCUGGAAAAAGAAAAUUCGAAAGAUAAAUUAAAUGUGCCACCAGGAGAAGUACGAAGCGAUGGAGCAAGACUAGCCUCGACAAAACAAUUGAGUCCAUUGGUUUAUUGGGCUCAGACGGCAUACCAAAUCAAUCUUAAAGUGGAUCUUAAAGAUGCAGAGUUCGCAGAUGUGGAUUUUACACCCAACAAACUUUAUUUCAAGUCCAAAGGUAUCGGUGCCAGGGGUCUGAACGACUAUGCUUUCGAAAUUACUUUUUAUGGAUUUAUCGACGAUGAGGAAUCUCGUUACAGAGUGUUUGAUAACAAAAUCGAAUUCAAUAUUGUUAAAAGCGAAAAGGGAUGGUGGCCUCGUCUUGUUGCCACUCCCCAGAAACCCCAUUGGUUAAAAAUUGAUUUUGAUCGUUGGCAAACAGAAGACGAUUUGGCCGAAGAGGAAAAACCACGAAAUGUUCAGGAAGACUACUCACAGGAAUAUGAACGCUUGCAAAAAGAAGAAAUAGGCUAUAUUAAAGAAAGCUCCAAAAAAGUAUAUCUGGUGAUAUACAACUUGGUGCAGUUUGUUGGCUUUCUAUAUGUUUUAAGUGUUUUAGCCGUCAGAUAUUAUCGAGAUGGGCCAUCUAUGAUACCAACCGCAUACGCAUUGGUAGGCAAUGCUAUGAAAUUUAUUCAAUUGUUACAAUAUCUGGAAGUUUUGCACCCAAUGUUCGGAUAUACAAAAGGUUCGCCAAUAAUACCAUUUAUGCAAGUAACUGGAAGAAAUUUUGUUCUUUUCGUGAUGAUUGAAUUUGAAGAAAGGAUGCAGUCGAAGCCUGCCGUGUUUUAUGUUUUCGUAAUAUGGUCCUUGAUUGAAAUAUUUCGGUACCCGUACUAUGUUAGUCAAAUAUUGAAAAUGCAGUAUGGUUUACUGACCUGGAUCCGCUACACAAUAUGGAUACCUCUGUAUCCACUAGGCAUACUUUGUGAGGGAAUAAUUAUAUUACGAAACAUUCCGUAUUUUGAAGAAACGAAACGUUUCAGCAUCGAAAUGCCAAACAAGUGGAACAUAUGUUUCGACAUGCCGACUUUCUUAAAAAUCUACAUCAUCGUACUAAUACUCCCCGGAUCAUUUAUGCUUAUGUCACACAUGGCCAAAACAAGAGCCAAGAAAUUAAAUAAGCGACAACGAUCACGAAAACUCAGUGAAUAGAAAUGCAAU